AUGGCUCGUCUUUUAGCAAAGGCGCUGGGCUUUGUUUUUGCAUCACCUGGCGUUCCUAUGGGAGGAGUACUGGAAAGUCUUGUCCCCCAUAUCCACAACUUCCAAAAUCCUCCUGAUGGGUCUGACGCCAGCCUUGGCGCCGCCUGGGACCUCGAUGGCGAUCUCCCACCUGCCCAGCUGCUUGACCUUGUCGCCCUCGACGGCGGCGACGGCGGCGGUUGCGGGGUUGUCGGCGCGGAUGACCUCGCCGUCGUCGAGCAGUGCGCCCACGAUGUUGACGUGCUUGGCCUCGAUGGCGAUGAGCGACGCGAUGCGGUGGGCUGA